AUGAAGGAUUUGGGAAAUCUGAAGUAUUUCUUAGGUAUUGAAUUUGCAAGAUCUAAGGAAGGAAUCAAUAUGCAUAAGAGGAAAUAUGCUUUAGAAUUCAUUUCAAAAGAUGGAUUGUCUGCUGCCAAACAUACAUCAACACCUAUUGAUACAACACCUAUUGAUACAAACAUCAAGCUCACAUCAACAAUAAAUGAUAAGGUAAUUUGUACAAAAAGUCAAGUAGAAAAAGAUCUUUUGGUUGAUCAAGCUACCUAUCAGAGACUCAUAGGGAAGUUGUUAUAUCUAACUGUAACCAGACAUGAUAUAUCCUUUGGAGUUCAAACUCUAAGUCAGUUUCUUCAGCAGCAUAAACAGUCACACAUGACAGCAACCUUAAGGAUAGUAAGGUAUAUAAAAAACCAACCAGGUCGGGGAAUACUCUUAUCUAGCAAAACUAGUAAUGUUGUGACUGCAUACUGUGAUGUUGAUUGGGCUGCCUGCCCUAUUACUAGAAGAUCUGUCACAUGUUUCUUAAUCAAGAUUGGUGACUCAUUAGGGUCAUGGAAAUCCAAGAAACAGAUCACAUUUUCUAGAAGCUCGGCAGAAGUUGAGUUAGAAGUCUUGCAACAACUGUAG